AUGGAGAACGAAUUGGAUUUAACACUGAGGUUGGGUCUGUCAAGUCCUACUGUUGAGACACAUCUGAGCUUAAGCACUCUCGCCAUUGAUCAGGGGAACAACGUCGACGGUAACCGCCGAGACAACAACAACGACAGCGAGAUUUUUUGGAAAAACAAUGAGUCGACCAACGACCACGAAGGUGUGAGAAAGAACGUCGACGUCAAUAUCCAAUACUACAACUUAGUCUUCAACCACUUCGCCGGCAUCGGCGAGACCUUGAACUUUGCUCCUUUCCCAACGCAGCCGUCUCCGGCUCCGGCGACGGAGACUCCUAUGGGAAGUGAACAUGUGCUCAUUGAUGUCCCUGCUAAGAGAGCACAACGUAACUCUUUAGCGUUUAAAGACGCUGUGGACGCAAACGCAACUUUAGUGCGUCGUUGGGGCUGCAGCGGCGCCUGUUUAGCAGGAAGGAUUAACGAGAUGAGAAAGUGUACGAACAAGAACUGCAACGCAAUUAACACUCCUAUGUGGCGAAAGGGUCCUCUUGGUCCCAAGAGUUUAUGCAAUGCUUGUGGGAUAAAGUUCAGGAAGGAGAAAGAGAGGAGAGGCAAUGGAACUGAGUGA